UGUUGGAGGGCUAGUAGAAAGCACUCUUUCCUCUGGUCUAAAAAAAACAUCACAAUGCCCCAGGGCAGUGACUGGGGACAUAGUCCUGUGUUGCGAGCUGUCUUUCGGAUGGGAUGUUAAACGGGUGUCAUGGCUCUCUGUGGUCACUAAAGAUCCCAUAAGAGUAGGGGUGCUAGCCCGGUGUCCUGGCUAAAUUCCCAAUCUGGCCCACAUACUAUCUUGACCACCGAAUUAUCCCCAGGUUCCAAUUGGCUCAUUCAUCCCCCUCCUAUCCCCUGUAACUUUCCCCAGGUUGUUGCUGUAAAUGAGAAUGUGUUCUCAGUCAACAGUCAUUGCGAAGCUGCCAAUCUUUACAUAACUGUUCUCUUUGUAAGAGUAUUUCUUUUCAGCCAAAUUAAUAUGUGUAACUUGUUAUUAUAUAGUAGUUACUGAUGAAGUGGCAUCAAAAUGCUAAUAGAUUAUUCCAAACCUGAGCCACAACCACAUGAACUCAUACAGUAACAAUUAGAGUUUUGUUGCUACAGUUCUCAUCAAGUCUUAGCAAAAUGCUAAUACACAUAUGAUGUUAUAUCAACCUUGGGCACAUGGGAAAAUACAUUUUAGGAUUACAGUACCCUGUUAUCAUUGACAUGACUGUUCUCUUGGGAAGGCAAUGUCUGUUUGUACACUAUUUACAAAAAAGAUAUUGAAAUUAGACAUUGGUAUGUCACUCCCUCCUACACAUAUAUAAUAUCAAAUGUAAACACAGCAAUGUUUUGCAUUUUAGUUAACCGUUACCAUGCAGUCUCACCUCAUGUUUGCAGAGCACUGUUCAAUGCGUCUGCUAUACACUCAGACAGGUCUGCUUGACUACUAUAUAUGCUGGCACGUAACAGAUCUUAAAUUACUAGCCUUGGCUGAGCUCUCCAAUUCCUGAUUAAAAAGAAAUACACAUCUACAGCCAGGUAGGUUAUGACCAUUUGGAAUUAAGAAUGUGUUUUCCUUCUCCCUUUAAGGUUUUCACUGUUGAGCUGCAAGUGUACUGUGGGGAGGAUGUAGCUAUUAGCAGAUUGGGAUUCCUUCAUUGCUUCAAGGCCAUGGUGUGGGUGAAAAGUGAGGCGAUUCUGUCCGUCUACAUCAUCACUUUCCUGAUUGGCCUGCCUUCCAACAUCCUGGCACUCUACGCCUUCAGCAUCAAGAUACACAAAAAGCCCACUCCCACAGACAUCCUCCUGCUCAACCUGAUCGUGUCCGACCUCCUCUUUCUUCUCUUCCUGCCUCUCAAGAUGUACGAGGCGGCCUCCGGCAUGCAGUGGUACCUGCCCGAGUUCCUCUGCUCCAUCACUUCCUACACCUUCUUCUCCACUAUCUACACCAGUUCUCUCCUGUUGAUGGCUGUCAGUGUGGUCCGGUACCUGGCGGUUGCCUUCCCCAUCACCUACCGCCAAAUCAACAAACCUUUCUAUUCUGUGGUGGCCAGCACAAUCAUCUGGCUUCUCACCACUGCCCACUGCAGCAUCGUGUUCAUCAUCCAGCACCACCAGGACCUCCCCCAAAGCAACACCUACGUCUGCUACGAGAACUUUACCAAACAACAGCUGACCAUCCUCCUCCCGGUGCGUCUGGAGUUCUUCGUCAUGCUCUGCUUGGUUCCUCUCAUAGUUUGCAUCUUCUGCUACCUCCGCUGUAUCUGGAUCCUGUACAUGCUCCCCAGGAUCAGCCCGGGCCAGAAGCAGAAGGCCAUCGGGAUGGCGCUGGGUACUCUGGCCGUCUUCCUUGUGUGUGUCUUUCCCUACAACUUCUCCCAUGUGCUGGGUUUCUUCACAGGGCACAGCCCCCCGUGGAGGUACUACACCCUGCUGCUCAGCGCCUUCAACACCUGCCUGGACCCUGUCAUCCUCUACUUCUCCUCCUCCACCUUCCGCAUCACUAUCAAGAUGUCCAUCGGCAAGAUGCUGGGACUGCGACAUGGUCAGGCUGCGAUCCAAAGGGAAAGCACAAUAGCCAAUAUUGGCCAAGAGUAGAAAAUGUAGUCACCUUACUCCAAGUGCCCUUUGGGUAAUUUUGUAAACAAUAACUAUUCAUUUCACCAAAUGUUUUAAUUCUGUCAUAGAGAUCAAACGUUCAACUUCAUUAAAAAAACAUGUUUUCCCAUCUUAAGAUGUUCAAUUAAGAAGAAUAACUAUGCAAAUUCAAAUUAAAGUGACAGGAUUGACUGCAAUAGAGUUAACAACAUCUUAAAUCAGCCAUAACUUCCUUUGUGACGGGGAAUGGAAGCAUUUCUAGUAACUUGUUAAAAACAUUUCUAGCCUAUCUAUCUAUGGGUAACACAGGGUUGAUGGGUUAUACUUGACGCACUCAGUUUCUCAGCACAAAACACCAGAAAAUGGCCUAAAAUAGAAAGAACCAGCUCACCUGCUUUUACACAAUGAAAUGGCUAUAUUACUAGAUGGUACGUUUUUCUUUUGAUUCAAUCAUUUAAAAAUGAAUAGUUUUACCAUAUUUAAACGAGAGUUCAGUUCAUGUUACAGGGUUAACAUAAACCUGAGGGACAAAUGUAAAUGAAUCAUGAAAUAAGUCAAAAUCUCCUGAUAUUACUUUCCUAGAGGAACAGAAUAACUCGGACUUGUAAUUAAGUAGAUAUAUGUCUUCGUAGCUGGUGAACAAACAUGACGUUGGAUAAGCCAAAAUGGGGAUUUUCAGAGAAAACAAAAACCUUUACUUUAAUGAAAACACACUGCUAUUAGAAUGUGUAAAUGAAAAAUUAAAAAGGCUUAGCUUAGUCAGAGCAUAGAUGUAUGUGAUCCUAAUGUUAAAUUGAGUGUUUUAUUGAAAUGACCAAAGGCACUCUAUUCGUGGAACGACCCAGCUAUAUAUUUAAGAUAUUUAAUUUAAGUGUAUUUCAACAUGAUAUGUAGUUUCUGUUUUAAAAAUUUCUGUGAACUGUACCUUUUUUUUUUGCCAAAGUCAUUCAUAUUUAAAUGUUUACAUUCCAUUUACCAAAGUGAGCACUUCAUACAUGAUUCAUUUGUUUCGUCACAGUAGCUUCUGUUACCCUUUUGAAUUGCACACUAUGUGAAAGCUUGGUUGUUAUCCUUUAAAUGAUUCAUUUGUCUGGUUAGAGGUAUGUUCUGUGUGACCCAUUUGAAUUGAAACAUAAUGCUACAUAUUUUCUUUCUGUAUUCAAGAGUUUCAAGGCUGAAUGUAAGAAAGAGUAUAAAUGUUUUACUGUUAGAGUUAUAGCUUUAUUAAAAUGACACGUAAACUG